UCUCUCUCUCUCUCUCUCUCUCAUUCUUUUUCUCUCUUUCUUUUUUUUUUCAAAUUAUUUUUGAAUUUCCGGUUCGCGAAUGUACACGAGACUCGAACGAGAUUCGAUCACGCGCGUUUCAAUAAUAAUAAAAAAUGCAGCAGAUUUAAUUUCGAGGAUCCAAUUGGAGCGAAGAGGAGAUAAUUGUCGUUAGGUCUAAGCAAAAGUGGGGAAUUCUUCGGCGAGCCGUACGAUAAUCGUACGAUGAUGCCGCUCGCGCCGACGCCAAUCGUUCCGGUACCCUCGAAGCCAAAGAUCGGCUUCAGCAUCGACUCGAUCGUCGGUGGCGGAGGUGGUGGAGGUGGUGGUGGUGCCGGUACCGGCGGCGGUCCUGGUGUACAGGCUGGCCGAGUCAUCGAAGAUCGAAUUACUGGGAAAGAUCGUUUGGAUCCUCGAGUUGAAAUCGAACGAGAUGCCGGUAGUCCGAUGGAACUCGUCGAGGCCUCCUCGUCGCCGAAGUCACGUGGCAUCGCAACUAGAUCACCCGGUGCUCAUUCCGAAGGUUCCGAUCGACCUGUAUCACGUAGUUCCUCCGUAGAAUCCUACACGAAUAAUCCGCGAAGGACACCAUCCCACGCGACCACCGGGAAUAAUAAUAAUAAUAAUAAUAAUAAUAAUAAUAAUAAUAAUCAUCACCAUCAUCAUCACCACCACCAUCACGCGAAUCAUCACGGACAUCACCACCAUCAUCAUCAUCACCAUCUCGGUGGCAGCAAUCAAUUAGAUUUCGGUAAGAGUACCGUUCUAAGUCAUAGCGGUGGCUCCACUCCGAACGAUAGUCCGAGUCCACCUCAUAGGAUACCCGGACACGGUGAUUCACCUGUAAGCUCUCAUCCUCAGCCACCUCCUGGCGUUGUAAGGCCGAGUCCAAACUACCUAGCACCACCGCCUGGUGCCGUUACAGCUGCAGCAGCCGUCGCAGCCGAACAACUAAAGUCUCUUUACGGAAUACCACCUGGACACGGACCGACGGCACCUCAGACCGGCCAAAACGAAUAUCAUUCCCAACAAUUAGCGCUUGCUGCCAAUCUUGCUGCCGCUCAGCACUUCCAAGCGGCAAAUCUUGCUGUUGCUCUUCAAGCGCAUCACGGUGCAUCUCCUCAUGCUACACCUCAUGGACCUUAUCCGCACGGUGGCGCACCGGCUGGACCACAUCCUCCACCUCAUUCUCAUCAACCAGCAAGAGAUAGUUAUCCUCUAUAUCCUUGGCUACUAUCAAGACAUGGCAGGAUUUUUCCUCACAGAUUUACGGCUGGUCCCGACAUAUCUGGCUUCCUUCUGCAACCCUUCAGAAAACCGAAAAGAAUAAGGACUGCGUUUAGUCCAAGUCAACUGUUAAAGCUGGAACACGCCUUCGAGAAAAAUCAUUAUGUUGUUGGGGCGGAAAGGAAGCAGCUAGCGCAGGCGCUAUCGUUAACCGAAACGCAGGUGAAGGUGUGGUUCCAAAAUCGGCGGACGAAGCAUAAGAGAAUGCAACAAGAAGAGGAGGCAAAAGCUCAACAACAAUCUGGGGGCGGUGGGGGCGGGGGCGGNGGGGGCGGGGGCGGGGGUGGUAAUGGUGGUAACGCGAAUAACAAUAGUAAUAAUAAAAACACUCAUCACGUUAGCAAAUGGCAACAAGAGACGGGCGAUUAUCAUCACGAGGACGAAGAGGAAGAAGAACAAAUUGAUCCCGAAGCUGAAGAAUGUUCCAGCGAUUCUGAAGCGUAGCUAGACGUUUUGUGCCUGGAUUAAAGUUUCCAGGAGGAAGACAUUUUCUAUCGUUAGAACAAAAAAAAAA